AGGUAAUUAUCGUUAGUUGUUGUUGCGCCGACUACAACGAGGAUGGACGGCAGUGGACAGAGGCGCGUGCCUUUAGGCAUAGUGUUUCUGGUGAUAUUAGUGAUCGGAAAUGUACAAUCUGAAGAAGUUUGCCGAGGCGGAUGCAAAGGAGCCGCGCAAACCUUCAAGUAUGCAGUAGGAACAACCUACCAGUACAAAUACGAUGGAAAAAUCGAAAUCUCACUUUCUUCUGCUGAAGGCCAGACCACCAGCACCGAAGUUAAAGCCGAUGUUUCACUAACUCAGUUGCCCGAGUGCAACCAGUUGCUCAAGUUACAAAACGUCCAGAUUUUGGGAGCGAAUGGAAAGAGAACACAUUCAACAAGACUUCCUAUCCACCGCCCUCAACCUGAACAGUGAAAUCAAAUCCAGCCCCAUUCUAAACGGCGACUACAGCGCCAAUCUGAAGGUGAAGAAUGGCAUCUUGGACCAAGCCACUGUUACUGAAGACUACUUGUUCGUUCCAUUCUCCGUUGGAAAGAACGGCGCCAAAGCACAAAUCGUCAGCAAACUGCAAUACAGUGGCACUAGCAAAACGCCUGCUCAAUCUCCUGCAUCCAAACCGAGGUCCAUCAUCUUUGAAAAUCCCCAUCCGGUUACCGCGCCGACCAGCAACGUUCAAACCAUCUUGGAAGCAGUGAAGGAUGUUGCCAAGACCAUUGAUGUUGUGGUAGGCGAAGAAACGGCCAAGGAAUUCAUCAACUUAUUGAAAAUCGUUAAAGUCAGCAGUGCAAGUGACUUGUUAGCUGUUUACAAUCAAGUCAGAAGCGGAGUCGGUGUUGGUGACAAAAAUGCAGCCAAACGCUUGUACUUGGACGCUUUACUUAGAGCAGGAAAUGGUGAAACUAUUGAGGCAAUUCUGCAGCUGCUCAACAGCAAGCAACUGGACGAACUGGACAGCAAAUUGGCCCUGCUCAGCUUAAACGUUGUGCGCCACGCAACUGAAGGAUCUGUGAAAGCUGUUACGCAUCUUUUGGACACACCAAAACUGCCCAGAGAAGCGUACUUGGGAAUUGGAAACUUGGCCGGUCGCUUCUGCGCCCAGCACAACUGCGACAACAAUGCUGAGAUCAAAGCUCUAACGAACAAACUGUUGGCCAAAGUUGGCGGCAAAUUCACCAAUAGAGAACAGGAAAAUGAUGCUGUUUAUGCUCUGAAAGCUCUAGCCAAUUUGCGCGAUUUGAGCGACAUCGUUGUUCCUAAAGUCACAGCUCUUGCCCAAAACAAAAAUCUCCCCAGCAGAUUGAGAGUGGCUGCAUUAGACACCUACUUGGCCGACGCAUGCAAGGACAAGUUGAGAAACAGCGCCCUACAGAUCCUCCAAGACAUCCAACAGGACUCUGAAGUGAGGAUCCGAGCUUUCCUAGUGGUGGCUCAAUGCCCCACUGCCAAAAUCGGAACUGCCGUGCAGAACGUUUUGAACAAAGAGCCCAGCAUCCAAGUGGGCGGAUUCAUCACCUCCUACAUUCACGCCCUUAGAGCUUCAGCGAAUCCCGAUAAAGACUUGGCCAAGAAAUUCCUGGGAUUCCGACCGACUAAAAACUUCCCCAUUGAUCCCCGCAAAUACUCCUUCAACGGAGAGUUCUCCUACGCCGUGGACACUUUGGGCCUAGCUGCUUCCUCCGAGGCUAAUGUAAUUUACUCCCAAAACUCCUGGUUGCCCAGAUCGACCAACCUGAACCUCACGGCUGAAGUAUUCGGGCACAGCUUGAACUUCUUGGAAAUCGAAACACGCCAAGAAAACCUCGACCGUCUGGUUGAGCACUACUUGGGCCCCAAAGGGGUGUUGAGAAAGACGGUUUUGCCGGAUCUCUUAAAGGAGGGCAAAACCAGCUACCACAAGCUGGCAGAUUAUGUCGAAGGGAAGCUGAAAGCCACUUUGCAGAGAAGCAGACGCGACGUCAGCAAAGCCGAAAUCGAAAACAUUGCUAAACAGGUACAAAUCAAGACCAGUGAACUGAACAAGGACCUCGAUUUGGACGUGAGCCUCAAGGCCUUUGGCUCUGAAAUAUUCUUCCUCAAUGUGAACCAAGAAGCCAAGGUGAAGCCUGAAGCAAUCAUCGACAGUAUCAUUGCCCAACUCGCCAAGGGAUUGGAUAGGCUUCAACGCUUCGAGGAAACUUUCCGUCGCAACUUGAACUUCCUAAAUGCUGAGCUAGAUUACCCAACAUCGCUUGGUUUUCCCUUACGUUUGGCCAUCGAUGGUUCCGCCACCGUUCAAGUUAAAGCUGAAGGAAACGUGGAUGUUCGCAAACUGACCAACAAUCCAGAGAAAGGGGAACUGAGAAUCAAACUGAUUCCUAGUGCUAAUGUGGAAGUAGCCGGAACCAUCACCCUGGACGCCCUUGUCGUAGAAAACGGUCUGAAGGUGGUUUCUACCCUCUACUCGUCCACUGGUGGAGACUUGAAAGCCACAUGGGACAAAGCCACAGGCUUCGAUCUGAAAUUAGGCCUGCCCGUCCAAGAACAAAAACUGAUCUCAGUCAAUCAUGAAAUCGUGUUUGCCUCCAGAGAACAAGCAGGCAAAGCAGUAAACCUCCCACUCAAAUUCACUCAAGUCAAGGACUUCUCGAUCUGCUUGGACCAACUCAGUUCAUUCAUUGGACUGACGUUCUGUGCAGAAAUCAACGGCCCCAAUGUAGGUGGACAACAAAUCCCAGUUCUUCCAUUCCCAUUGGCUGGCGACGCCAAAGUGGCGGUGACCAUUGAAAAUGACGACGUGUCCGAAUACCGUUUAAGGCACAGCAUCAAACCAGCUCACGCCGAUCUGGUCUUUGAAACCAUCGACAAGCAGAACAAGAAGAAGGUGUCUUUGGAUUUGGAGGGCGAAUAUUCUCCGGAAAAGUACGUCAGAGCCCUGUUCACUUCUAGUGUGAAAACUGCUUCUGCUGAAGCCCGCAUCAUCCUGACCAACGUGGAAAAAUCAUUACUGAUCAAGAUUUUGAACGAUCAAGAUGAAAUAGUAGGAAAAAUUGGUGUAUCGGUGUCCGGAACACCUGAACGCGCCGUUUACAAACCAAUCCUGGAACUGAAAACGCCCUCAGGACAACAACCUCUACCCGUAAAAGCAGAAGGCGAAGUAGUAGUGGAAUCGAGCGGUGAAAACCUGAAGAUUAUUUUCCAAAAUGUGAAGGUAUUCGAUGCCCAAAGACAACUUACAGUGUCCGGAAACGUUGGCCGAGAGGCCGGAGUUUUCUUCUCCGAUGUAAAAAUCUCCAACGGCGCCCAUAAUGUUGGUCUUGAAGGCCGUUUGCAACUAACCAGCGAACUAAUCAAAUUCAACGUGAAAAUUGAAAACUCCAUCAACAGCAACGCAAACUUCAACUUGAAGGGCGAGUUCAAAAAGCAAGAAUCGCACUACGAUGCAGCCAUUCAAUUGAUCCACGGACCCGACCUAAACUCCAAAUCUGCGAUUAUCUCCGUAACGUCCAGCUUGGUGAACAAAUUCAAAAGUACCUCGGACUUCAGGUUCGAGACGAAAAAUAGCCUCAGCUAUCCGCUGUUGGGCGUCAGCGCCAAAUUCGAAUUGGAACAAACGCCCAAGAGUUUGGACUACGAAAUUAAUGCUGAAUAUGGUGAACUGAAGUUGGGUUCAGAACUGGAAGCGAAAAUCGACGAAAAAACCGCUGGAGACUACGAUGUGGAGUUUGAAAUCUGGGGACUGGAAAAUAAAUUGCAACUGAAAUCGCGAAGACAGGUCCUGCCCAAUGAUGAGAGCAAGAUCUCCAACAGUCUUGAACUGAAUGGCAAAAAACUAGAACUGGAUGGAAAAGUACGUCAUGUUCUGCGUCCGCACAACAUUGAUGUUGGUGCCGACUUGACUGUUCAUGUUCCUUCGCAUGCAACUCCUUUCAAAGUGGGCUUGGGACUGAAAGUGAACCAGGAAGAAAUCGAUGCCCAUGCUAAAAUCAGCUCCGGAUCCGACCAUGUCAUCGACUCGUUCAUCAAAGCCAACAAAAAGGGAAACGCCAAUGGAAGCAUCAAGGUGAAUCUAAAAAAUGCCGUUACUGUUAACGGUCAGAUUCAUGCCAAUAACGGUGCCGGCAGCGGAGACAUUCUGAUCGACUUGCAAAAUGGAAAACGCCAAAUCAAAGCUGAGACCACUUUCGCCAUCCACAUCAGUAAAUCAUACGAUGUAACCAUUUCGCUCUAUCCAUCCUUCAACAAAGACAAGAACGUAAAGAUCUUGCUCAGCACCCAGAACAAGGUUUCUGAUACUAGUCUGGAAUCGAACAACAAGCUGGAUGUUCUCGGCCAUCCCGUCGAAGUGAACGUGAAAGCAUCUCGAACUGGCGAUCGCCAAACAGGAAAGCUCAAUGGAGAACUGGAGGUGACUCUUCCAGGGGACCAAUACUUUUUAGCUCGAGGAAAUUGCGAUCAUCAACAACAAAACGACCUUCUUAAUGGACAAACUGAGGGCAGCCUGGAGUACAGGUCGAACAAAAAUACGCCUGGCCGCAAAUUGGGGUUGAAAACCACAUGGAAAAACACAAAUCUGAAAAAGAAAAGCGUUGAUGUCGUUGUGAAUCUAUCAGCAGACGACAGCAAUGGCAAAAACAUCAACUCUGAUUUGAGCCUCUUAAUAUCUGAGGAAAGCGAUGCUACCACACUGAAUUCCGCAGGAAAACUGUAUGGCAGUAUUUUGAAAAAUCCCGUCGAGGUAACAGUGGCGACCAAUUGCAAAAAGGGCGUUACCGGACAAAUUGAAAUCCGCAGCAGUUAUGGACCUGACAACUCUGUGACCAUCAAAGGCAACCACGACUUAAGCUCCCAAACCAAACGUGGAGCUUUGACGAUUCAGGCAACAACCAGCUCGAAACAUUUGAAAUCCUUGAACGCCGAUAUCAGUGGAUCUGUUGCCCAUUUAAAAGACUUACAGAUAGAAGGCUCAUUAAAUGUUCAAGCCCUUAAUGCAGAGGGUCCUUUGGUGGAUCUCAAGUCACAAGGAAACGCUAAAAUAGCCACAUCAUCUGGAGAAGUUAAAGGAACUUUGGCUCUUAACAAAAUCCAACCGAUUGGAGUUGAUUUGACCUACAACAUCAACCAGGAAAAACAGACUGGUGCUGUUAGCGCAGCUGUAACUUACGGAAAUGGAGAAUCGGUGAAAGGGGAAAUUUCUGGCGAAAGAACUUCCGAAAAUCAAGUGAAGUUGUCGGCUGGUUUACAAACUCCUGUCGAAGGAUAUCGAAACACCCAGCUGAACGUUAACGCUAGAAGAUCAAAGGACAACAAAGACCUUACAUCGUCAUUGGACUUAACCAUUGAUGGAAAAGUUUGGAAAUUGGACACCGAGUUAGUUCUGAGUGAAUUGAGUCCAGUUAUAAGCGUCAAACUUCUUGGAGCUAACGGAAAACUGCACCAGAUCUACGCUAAAGCCAACAGAGUCAGCUACAAGCAAUUCAGCGCUGACUUGAAGCUGGUGAAUGAAGAAAAGUCAUUCCUCCUGGACGGAACAUUGAGUGUCAAUGUUGAGAAUGUGGAAAACCUUGUUGUGAAAGGCCAAGUGAACUCGCCAUCCCUCAACCUGGACAAGAUUGUCUUCGACGCCCAUACCAAAGGAAGCAACAACGACAACAAAAUCCAAAUUUCCGUAAAAACAGCCGGCAAGAACUACAUCUCUGGAAGCUUCACGUACGGUGCCAAGGACGAGAAUGGCAAAUUCAUCAUCGAUGGAAGCGGAACCUUAAAGGUCAAAGAUGCUUCGAAAUCUGGACACUUCAAGUACAUCUUCCAGAAACUGGAACAGGACAAAAACGCUGAACAGGGCGUCCAGGUCUCCUUCGAUGGCGCUUUGGGCGACCGAGCUGUAGACUCGGAAUUCAAAUUAACCAGCAAACACUUCAGAGUGCAAAAUUCCUACUGCGAACAGAAGAAGGAAUGCGCAUACAUCGAGAUUGAUAACAAGAUUAACACGAUUGAAGUGGAAACGUUUAACCAAGUGUUGGAAAUCAACCUGGAUCUGCGAAAACUGGGCUUGUCUCAUGAAUUCGGCCUCAAAGCCGUUACCAACAGGAAGGGAUGGAUCGUCGACCACACUGUGGACGCUCAUUUCCAAAAUCAGGAGAACAGCAAAUACCAGUACAGCUUCUACCUGCGACCAAACGAGGGUGGCGUCAGCCUAACGACACCGAAACGAAUCGUGUCUCUGGAAAGCAAAACCGUUCUACCGAAAAACUUUAAGCAAGGCGGCAAAGGAAGCGGAGAAAUCGCCUUCUAUUUGGACAAGAAGAAUCAUGCCAGCAAGAAAACGGCUUUGAACUGGUUCUUGGAUGUUGACCUCAAAGGCAAAAUCACCGGUGAAGCGAAAUUCAAUCACCCAGGACUUCAAAAGCCUCUGGCCGCUUCAUUCAAAGCCAUUAGAGAAGGGAGCACCUUUAAUGGAAAACUCGACAUCCUAGUUGAGCUCAACAUUUUCGCUCAAGAUAACCAGAAACUAAUCGCAACCUUCCAACAAGUGGUUUCUUUGGAUGAUGCCAGAACACGUGGCACAUCGAAAAUCAUCGGUUCACUCAAGAGCCAGGGAUUGGGAGUGAACGUUCAAGGUUCACAAAUUGUGUCAGCAGACAGAACUAGUAAAGUAUUCUCCUAUGAAGCAAAAUCCAACGUCAACAUCGGCCAAACGAAACAAGAAAACGUAAUUGCCACCAAAUGGUCGCCCACCGAAAUAUCUGGAAUCGUCAAAGUCUUCGACACGGUUCUGAUCAAGAGCGUGAACAAGAUCACGAUCACUGACAAUGACCAGAUCAUUGAGUCUGAAGUUUCUUCAUACAACAACGUUCCAGUGAACAGCCGAUUGGAGAUCAAAAACGCCAACACUUUAUCCUACAGCGUAUCAAGCAGCAGUGAACCUAACAGAAAAUUCCUGCUAAAUGCUGGUCUCAUCCCCGGCCAAGUAGCGGACAUUCGUGGAGAAGUCCAAGACGCCGGCAGCAAAGUUACUCUCUUCUAUGCCACAGUUAAACUAGACGAAGUCAAUUUCUUGAAAUCCGAACACAAGGUGGACUCCAAAGCCAUCAAGGCAAAUCUGGAAAUAGUUAAGGAAAAACUGACAACUUACCUGAAAGGACUGGAAGCUACCAGCAAGGAAUGGGUCGAAGGAGCAAGAAAGGAAGUGAAAUCUGUUGGGGAAAUUGCCAAAACUGCCAUCCCCAAUCUGAAACCUCUCCAGCAAUACUACGCAAACGAACUGCAAGAAGUUAAACAGGAAAUCCUCAACGACAAGAGCAUCAAGGAGCUCGGAGAAGUUCUGAGGAAGAUCUUAGGAUCUCUGAUCACAGCCGCCACUGAACUAUUCGACAAACUGAGCAAGAUUGCCGAAGAAUCAACUGCGAUACUUCAGAACUCUUUCAACAGUGUAAUUGCAGCGAUCGAAAAUGAGUUGAUCCCUGAAGUCAAAGAACUCGGCUCCAAACUGUUGUCCGCCGCGAAAGAUAUCUUGGGAACCGUUCUUGAAAUGGCAUUGGGCGUUGCAGCCAAAGCAAGCCAAAUCAUCGAGAAAUAUGAACCGGAAUUGCAAGAACUUGCGUCAUCCUUCGGCGAGUUGUUCCAGGACUUUGGCAGACUAAUCUAUCGCAUCUAUGAAAACUCCUUUGAAAACAUCACAUCAAUCGUCAAAAGGCUAGUCAGCGAAGUCAAGUCUUCUCGUUACUUGGAGGAACUUAAGAUCCAAUACGAAAAGUUUGUCAAACAAGGCGUCCCAAGUGCAGAGACAAUUAUCAACGCUUUGAGAGAAGCGUCCAACUUCGUCAAGGACGUUAUUCCUGUGGACUUUGCUGUUAGGGCGGACAUUAAUGCUCUUUUGGACUCCAUCGUCAACUACGUUGAAAAGAAACUGAACAGCCAACAAGUGAACGACGUGGCCGCUAUUGAAGACAUCAUUAGAUCUAUUGCGGCAAUUGUAAAGAAACUGGCCCUCAUUAUUCAUACUGACGACUUGAAGAUCCCUGGAACCAACUUGGACUCCAACAGUCUUCUGCCUUUUAGUUACCUGAAGAACUUGCCCAGACUAGUUGCUGUAAAGUUCUCUCCAUUGUCCUACAUUUUGAACGAAAGCGUGUCCCCUGAACUGGGAAAAGUUCUUCUCAGUUUGGUCAACAAACCCAGAAACCUUGUGCCACCAUUCCCAUUGUUCGGUAUCAUCGUCCAAGGACAACAUAUCUUCACGUUCGAUGGACAACAUCUGACCUUCCCAGGCAAAUGCAACUACUUGCUGGCCAGAGAUGCAGUGAAUGGCAACUUUACACUGGCUGGAGCUUACAAAGAUGGGCUUUUGGCCUCGAUCACUUUGGCUGAUGAAUCCGGCUCCCUCACCCUUCUCCAAGGAGGAAAAGUGAAACUAAACCAAGACAACGUCGAGUUGCCGCUGCGCAAGCCAACAUUGGCUGCCUUCAGAGACUACGAAAUCGUCACUCUAGUAUCCACGUCUGGAAUCGCAGUGGAAUGUGUUCCAGACCUCAGCGGCUGUGUGGUGAAAAUAUCUGGAUUCUACCAUGGACAAAUCAGGGGACUUUUAGGAAACGGCAACGGUGAACCCUACGACGAUCUUACGAUUCCUCAUGGCAAGAUUGUAACUACUGAGUCCCAAUUCGCAAACGCCUACAAACUGUCCAGCUCAUGCCCUGACGUUGCCCUGCCCCAACAUGGAGCGCAGGUACAUGAAAACCCCGCUUGUGCCAAACUGUUUGGCUGGGAAUCUCCAUUGCGGGUGUGCUAUCCAUUCGUCUCCACAGAGAACUUCAAAACUGCAUGUGCUCAUGGUUUGGCUGCCAAUGUUAAAGACACUGAGGAAUCUAUCGCUAAGGCCUAUGUUGCUGCCUGCCAGGAGCGAAACAUUCCUGUUCAUGUUCCCGAAUCUCUUGUGAAAUGUACUAACGGCGACAAGCCCUACAGUGUUGGAGACACAUUCAGCGUCAAAUUGCCCUCCAAGUCGGCCGAUAUUGUCUUGAUUGUUGAUACCCAAAAAUCAAACCAGGUCAUCUACGAGAAAUUAAUCAAGACACUCAUCCCAGAAAUCAGCAACGAGUUGCACUCUAAAGGCGUUAAGGACGUUGAAUUCCAUCUGGUCACUUAUGGAGGUGAAAAUCAAUGGCCCAGCCAUAUCACUGUAAACGGAAAACUGACCUUCAAGGGCAAACCUCCCGGACUCAAAUUCGCCGAAGACCCCAAAAGCGAAUACGAUGUCAGUCAAAUAGAAAACCAAAAGUUGCGCGAAGCUGUUUUACGGCUGAAGGAACUGUUGCACGACUUGGGACUUGCCACUGGCAUCAACCUGAAGGCGCAAACCUUUGACGAGGCCACCAACUAUCCUUUCCGAGUCAAUGCUUUGAAGUCCAUCAUCGUAGUUAAUGGUGCACCAUGUGAAGAGGGCAAAUUUGCCUUGAUUCAACGAGCCAUUGCUUUGAGCUACAAGAACUCGAAAUUGAGCCUCAACCUGUUCACUCCCUUCGGCAGUUUACUGGCAAAAGACGCGAAAAAGACCAAAGACAUCAUUGGUUUCAGCGACACUAACGUGUUCACUGUAUCACAAGCGAAGAAGAAUCCCAAAGGAACACCUGACCUCCACAAAGAACUCAACUACCAGGACUACUGUGUAGGAUUCACUAUCAAGAACCGUGGAAAUGCUUUUGUUAACGACAACUUCUUAGCAUUGAAUGAAGACGGCCAGAAACAGUUCAUUCAUGUCGCUGCUUCCAAUAUCGUUGAGCAACUGAUUAAUGCCGAACAAGGAUUAGAUUGCGAAUGUAAACUGGUCAAUCCAUGGAAUGCCAUCAACGUGUGUUCCGAAGCAUACAUUAAAGACAGGCCAUCGAAAAAGGUCUAAUUCCUGAUAGUAUCAACGACGGAACAUCCUCUGUACUAAGUGAAUUGAAAUGAUCCUAUAUAAAUUAAGGCUAAUUUAGAGUAUAUUAAUAUUUUUUACAUCAAAAACGGUAUUGUAAAUUAUUAAGCUGUAAGUGUAUGUAAAUGUAUAAGCAAAAUUAAUACCAUAUUGGAAAAUACACUUUAAUAAUAA